AUGGACAGACAGAUGGACACAUGGACGGACAAACUUACAGACAGACAGAUGGAUAGACAGACAGAAGGACAUACGGACAGACGGACGGACGGAAGGACAGACAGAAGGACAGACAGACAGAUGGAUGGACAGACAUACGGACAGAUGGACAAACGGACAGGAGGACGGACAGAUGGACGGACAGACGGAUGGACGGACAGACAGAUGGACACACGGAAGGACAGACGGACAGACAGAAGGACGGACAGACGGACGGAUGGACGGACAGACGGACAGACAGACAGAAGGACAUACGGACAGACGGACGGACAGACGGAGGGACAGACAGAAGGACAGACAGACGGACAGACAUACGGACAGAUGGACAAAUGGACAGAAGGACGGACAGACGGAUGGACGGACAGACAGAUGGACACACGGACGGAAGGACAGACGGACAGAAAGACAGAAGGACGGAUGGACGGACACACGGCUGGACAGACAGAGGGACACAUGGACAGACAGAUGGACGGACAGAAGGACGGUCGGAGAGACGGACAGAAGGACGGCCGGACAGACAGACGGAAGGACAGAUGGAAGGACGGACAGAUGGACACACGGACAGACGGACGGAGAGAAGGACAGACAGACGGACAGAAGGAUGGACAGACGGACGGAAGGACAGACAGAUGGACGGACAGACGGACAAAUGGACAGAUAGAUGGACACAUGGAUGGACAGAAGGACGGACAGACAGACGGACAGAAGGACAGACAGACAGAUGGACGGACAGACCGACAGAAGGAUAGACAGACAGACACACGGACGGACGGACAGACAGACGGACAAACAUACGGACAGACGGAUGGACAGAAGGACGGACAGACGGAAGGACAGACAGAAGGACAGACAGUUGGGCAAACGGACGGACAGACAGGCGGACACACAGAUGGACAGAAGGACGGACAGGUGGAUGGACAGACAGACGGACAGAUGGACAAACGGACAGAAGGACGGACAGACAGAAGGACGGACAGACAGAGAUACAGACGGAUGGACGGACAGACGGACACACGGACAGAAGGACAGAUGGACAGACAGACGGAUGGACAGACAGACAGACGGACGGAUGGAGAAAUGGACGGAUGGACAGACAGAUGGACGGACAGACGGACAAACAGACGGACAGACAGGCAGAAGGACAGAUGGACGGACAGACGGACGCAGAGAAGAACGGACAGACAGAUGGACGAAGAGACAGGAGGACAGACGGAGAGACAGUUGGGCAAACGGACGGACAGACAGACCCACAGACGGAUGGACAGACCAAUGGACAGACAGACAGGCAGACACACGGACAGAAGGAGGGACAGACACACGGACAGACAGACAGAAGGACGGACAGACAGACGGACACACAGACAAUCGUACAGAUGGACAGACAGAAGGACGGACAGGCAGAUGGACGGACAGACACACGGACGGACAGAGAGAUGGAGAGACAGACGGGCAGACAGAUGGAGAGAAGGACGGAUGGACAGACUGAUGGACAGACAGACAGAUGGAGAGACAGACGUAUGGACAGAGAGACGGACAGAUGGACAGACAGACGGAGAGACAGAUGGACAGAUGGACAGACGGACGGAGAGACGGACAGACAGAAGGACAGACAAAAGGCCACACGGACAGACAGAUAGACGGACAGACAGAAAGACUGACAGACAGGACAGACAGAUAGAGAGAUGGACAGACGGACAGACGGAUCGAUGGACAGACAGAUGGACACGCAGACAGAUGGACGGACAGACAGAUGGAGGGACGGAAAGACAGACAGACAGAUGGAGGGAUGGACAGACAGACACACGGAGAGACGGAUGGACAGAUGGACGAGGGCACACACGGGGAGACAGACAGAUACACGGAGUGACACAUGGACACAUGGAGAUACAGAUGGAGAAAGACACGGACUCACAGACAGACGGACAGAUGGAGAGACAUAUGGAUGGACAGAUAUGUCUUUUGAAAAAAGGAUAA